AUGGACGCUGAAGUCACAAUCUUUGAUAAAAUCGUAUCUGGAUAGAUAAAAGCAAACAUCGUUUAUUAGGAUGAUCUAUGCCUUGCUUUUCAUGAUGUCAAUCCAUAGGCUCCUGUGCAUAUUCUGUUGAUUCCAAAAUAACGAAAUGGAUUGACAUAAUUAUCGAAGGCUUAAGAACACAAUAAGGAAGUCUUAGGCCAUCUAUUGUUAACCGUCACUAAGAUCGUUGAAUUAGUUGAUGAAUUGAAGAAAGGAUUCAGAGUCGUCAUUAAUGAUGGAGAAAAUGGAGGCCAGAGCGUUUGGCAUCUUCAUCUUCAUAUAAUUGGAGGAGAAUAGUUGACUUGGCCUCCAGGUUCCAGUGGAAGCUAAAACAAAUGA